GUGGCUAAAAAUGUUUAAAACAAAGAUCCGACGUGGAUAUCCGGAGAAGUCGCUCUCUCUCGGCUCUGUCCGUGUGGCGUACGGGAGCGCAGGCCCUCGGGCCCGUGACGUACAGUCCCCUUCCACGACGUCGGAGAACAAGCCGGGCCCCGAGCCUGCAGCCUGCAUAUUCCUACUGCUUCUCUGAGCCCUUGGGCCGUGACAGAGGAGACAAACCAUGCAGGAAACACUGACACCAGGGGUGCUGGGACGGGGAACACGUGCGGAGGUGGGCGGGAGAAACAAAAAGGUCGUGAAAAAGUCCUUAAACUUCCUUGUUUUUUUAAAUUCCAGUACCAAAAUUGGAAAAGUUAGAGUGGAGCACGUUUGUUGAAGGUAAUAACCGCGUUUAAAAUGCUAUAGCUCUUGUCCUUAAAACCAUAUUUCAAGUAAGUUUUAACUGUUUUGUAUCGUCUUAGUGAAAAAAUUAUAAUCCAGAUUAUAUAGGUAGCGAUAAUGAAAGUUCAGAUCAUAGGCUUCUAGUUUCUUUUAGUGUGUGAUUUUAGAUAGAUGAGGAAAAUAAAUUAUUUCUGUGUGUUAAAGGGGAAAAAAAUCCGGUAAUGAAUCUUGAAGGCAGGAAAAAAAUCGCGGGAUAUAAACUUACUUACUGAACUUAAAGCUCUCUUUGUGUAAUGUGUGACACGAGAAAAGAGCAGAUGAAAAAAACCUUCCUUUUCUAAAAUAUUGCAGAAACUGCUGGGCCGAAAUGACAAAGAAAAAUCCGCCUUUAGUUGGAGAGGGUGAGUAUAUUAAAGAGUCUGCUCAAUUAGGUGGGCAGACACUGGCCGAGUCUUCUUUGUGCACUGUGUAAUUAAAAUGUAGGCACGGGGAUCAAAACGGGGUGGAACCAGGAAUGCGUGAAUGUAGUGGUCUUUUAAAGCACGUGCUUGGAGCACUAAAAAUAACGUGUGUGCCUGGUGGGACGGGCACUUCCUGGAUUCUGUGGAGCAGUGGAGCUGGGCACGGAAUUAAAGCACAGUAUCGGUAAGCGGCACGGGAAGGAAAGACAAUCCACGGGAUGUGGGAUUGGUUGAAGUGCAACUGGAAGGCCAAGGGCAAAUGUGGGGUUGGUUUGUCCCACAAGAAGGAGCUGCUUUUGGGAUACUUGAAACUGGGGUGCUGGAGAAGGGGGGUGCAGGGGUAAGGGAUAAAUAAAAAAGGUGUGUGCUUUCCUGUGGACUACACAACCUUCCCAUCGAUUCGACCUUGUUGGGGCUAGGAUAUUACCGGGAAGAUGGUACUGAAGGUGGAUUAUGGGAUGUGGGUGAAAGAAUCAGUCCUUGUGUUAGGCCCUGAAAUACAGGCCUUCCUGUUAUGUUGGUAACUGAAGUCUGUACUUGGCUGCCGUAGACAGCUCAAUAAACUGAACUUGUUUUGGCUUGGUGUGUGUUUUUGUUGAGAGAUUUAAACAUUAAGAAAAGCUUAAUGCUAUUGGUGGUGCCUUUCCCUUGUGUGGAAGUGUGAUUCUUGUGUGCUGCUGACACAUCUAAAGGAAGUAAAGGGAUGGGAAUGCACUGUGACGCUCUGGGCUGGAUGAGGCGCAGGUCGGACCUUCGGUCCGGGUUUGGGUCGUCUCGGGGCACAGAACGCUUCAUGUCGUUAAUGGCUAAGUCAAGAAGUGUUGAUUGGGUCUUUUUACCCCGGGGUGUGGCUUGAAGGGGGUGGGGGAAAGCAAGCAGGGGGAUCACGCUUCUCGCCCUUUUGUAAUGGGAGCGGUGCUGAUGGGAGGAUUUAGGGGAGGUUCUGGUGUGGGUUGAUGAGACUGGCACGAGCGGUUGGCCGCAUGUCCUGUCCUGGGCCAUGAAGUCUCCAAGAAAAGGAUCAAUGGCUGUGUAUCUGCUCAUCAAAUUCCAAGAUGCCAGGAAAACGCAGUGCGAAGAACCCAGUGCCGGAAGGGUCUCCUGAGACAAAGAAGGUUAAAGUCAGCCACCCAUCACACCGCUCACAGCCUGGGCUGGUGCUGACACUGGGCCAGGGUAAUGUCGGCCAGCUGGGCCUGGGUGAGGACAUCAUGGAGAGGAAGAAGCCAGCUCUGGUCACGCUGCCGGAGAUGGUGGUGCAGGUGGAAGCUGGAGGGAUGCACACGGUGUGCCUCAGCCAGACAGGAAAGAUCUACACCUUUGGCUGCAAUGAUGAAGGUGCCCUGGGACGCGACACCUCGGCUGAAGGCUCCGAGACCUCUCCGGGGCCGGUGGAGCUGCAGGAGAAGGUGGUGCAGGUGUCGGCAGGAGACAGCCACACGGCUGCGCUCACCGAGGACGGCAGGGUCUUUGUCUGGGGCUCCUUCCGGGAUAACAAUGGAGUGAUUGGCUUGCUGGAGCCCAUGAAGACGAGCUCUGUUCCUUUGCUGCUUCAGCUUGACACGCCUGUUGUUAAAAUAGUUUCAGGAAAUGACCACUUGGUGAUGCUGACAGUGGACGGCGACCUGUUCACGUGUGGCUGUGGCGAGCAGGGCCAGCUAGGCAGAGUGCCAGCACUCUUUGCAAACCGAGGAGGCCGGAAAGGGCUGCAGCGGCUGCUGGUCCCCCAGCUUGUUCCUGUCAGAGGCAAAGGGAGAAGAGGCAAAAUGCGCUUCCAGGACGCUUUCUGUGGGGCCUAUUUCACCUUCGCCGUCACGCAGGAGGGACACAUCUAUGGAUUUGGCCUUUCCAACUACCACCAGCUGGGGACCCAGGACACCGAGCCCUGCUUCUCCCCGCAGAACCUUACAUGCUUCAAGAACUCCACCAAGUCUUGGGUUGGGUUCUCUGGCGGGCAGCACCACACGGUCUGCGUCGACUCUGAGGGUAAAGCCUACAGCCUGGGCAGGGCAGAGUAUGGCCGGCUGGGCCUUGGGACAGGGGCAGAGGAGAAGAGUACACCCACAGUUAUCCCAGAGCUGCCCAGCAUCACUUCGGUGGCCUGCGGAGCGUCAGUUGGUUAUGCUGUCAGCAGUGAUGGACGAGCGUUUGCCUGGGGAAUGGGCACGAACUACCAGCUAGGCACUGGCGAGGAGGACGAUGUCUGGAGCCCCGUGGAGAUGACCGGGAAGCAGCUGGAGAACCGGCGAGUGCUGGCUGUGUCCAGUGGUGGGCAGCACACUGUGCUGCUGGUCAGUGAGAAGGAGCAGAGCUGAUGAAACGACGCAGGAGCCGAGCCCAGCGGGAUCACAGCACCCCCAGACCCCCCACAACUUCUGCCUGGGUUGGGGAGCCAAUUACUUGGGGAGGGCAGGAGGCUCAUGGAGCUGGGCCCAGCAGCACCUGUGUGGUUCCCCAUGGGUUCUCCCUGCAAGCAUUUGUCUGUUUUCCCAUGGUGCCCGCUGCUCUGUCAGCUCCCUGGGUCAGCUUGGUCCUAAACUGAUCCCAGUUCUGUGCCUGGAUGGAUUUCCACUUCUCGUCUGGUUUUUUAAAAUUUCCGACCCAGCGAAGCCGAGGGUCUUGUUCUUCACCCUUCAAUCAGGUUCGGGUAUCAGUCUCCUAGAGGUCCCUGUGUUCCCCACAUCUGGAUGCUCCUCCACCCCCUUCACCUUAAUAUACCUCUUUGACCUGGAUGUGUCUGCUGCCACCUGCCAAACCCCUCUUGAGUCCCUUCCAGGCAGAUCUGAGUCCAAAUGGAACGUGCCCAGGAAGCUCUAUCCUCUAAUCCAGAACUUGUGGUUGCUGUGGGGGAUGGCCUGCCUAGUGAGGGAGAGUGCUGCACGAUGAUGCCUAGCAUACUGUGACCGCUGGAAAAGAGAGGGGGGAUUCCUGCCUCCCAUCCCUCAAGUAUCUAAGCUGAAACUCCCCAGGCAGUGAGGCCUGGAGCAGCCACCUCCAGCACUGCUUUUUGCAGUCCUGGCCACUCCCUCUUUGCCAUUGCCUUUGGAAACCCAACCAAAUCCAUCCCACGGGUGGGAACACUAUUAAUUUAAUUUUUUCUCUUUCGCUUGCUGAGGAAGGAGCUUCAUUUGCUGUUAGGGCCUUGCUGAGCAGACACCCAGACCCCAGCUAUGCAUGGAGUCGCUGGUAACAACAGGACUCCUCCUCCCCGUCGCCUCCCUGAUCCAACUGGCCUUGCUUCCUGUGCCCAGCCUCCUCCAUCCUAUCCAUAGAGGAGGUGCCUUCCGGGCACCUGGAGUGAGGAGGGUGGUCUGUAAAGAGCUAAAUUAUAGCAAUAGGAGGGGGGGUUGUGGCUGGGAUGAGGGGUCUGGGAUUAUACAAUGGGUCCGAAGGGGUUGGAUAUUUUUAAAAAAAGAAAAUGUAUUUUGGUUGAUUAAUCAAGGCAGAAAGGACAAAAAACUCAUCUUUUAACAUUUGGAAUAAACUGAGUUUUGAUAAA